GUCACAAACUGAAAGUAGUGGGACGAUCGGAAACCCUAGCAGCAGUAGCUCGUUGCACCACUCUUCUCUCAUCUGAGACUUCUCCCUGGAUUUGAAGAGAUAUACAUACACUCACCUGUAUGUAUAUACCAUAGAUAGUUCCACUAAGAGUUUUCGAAGAAAUGGCAUCAAUGGCGAUCCUAACUCGUUCUCGACCGAUUAUCAGAACGGCGUCUCAAGGCCACAGAUGCAUCGCCACCUUCCCUUUCCUCUCGCAGGAAGCUCAGCUCGCGGAGGUUUCAUCUGCCGCGAUUCCGCCGCCCGCUGCGGCUGCCCUUCCGCCAAAUCCGGUGUCCGGCAGCCAAAUGUACACCAACAACCGGCUCCAUUCGGGUUCUACCAUCGUCCCGCUGAGUCUCAUGCAGCAGUCUGCGUCCCAUCGCAUUCAGUCCCUGGCCCAUACUCUGGACGCGCAAGGUCUGAUAGAUUACUUCAGCAAUUGGAUGACGGAGUCAAAGUGGAUGGAUUUGAAGCAGUUGUUCGAGUUCUGGAUCAGGUCGCAGGACAAAAAUGGGAAGCCCAACAAGCCCGAUGUCAACCUAUACAAUCACUAUUUGAGGGCUAAUCUGAUGCUCGAGCUUCCUGUGAAGGAUUUGAUUACCUUAGUGCAUCAUAUGGAGGAUUUCGGGCUUCUGCCCAACGCAGCAUCUCAAAAUUUAAUCUUGAAGGCCAUGUACCAGUCAAAAGAUCCGGCUGCAUACGUAGAAGCAGCUCAACAGUUGAUAGAAAGGAUGCUCGAGAUUGGAAGGGAGAACAAAGAUUCUUUGCCUGAUGACGAGUCCUUUGACUUGGUUAUUGACUUGCAUUUUAGAGCAAAUCAGGCAGAUGCUGCCUUUAAGUAUGUUGAUUUUGUUUUAAAGUCGGGGUACACUAUGUCAUUAAAUGUAUUCAACCAGUGCAUACGGAGAUGUAUUGAAGGAAACAGGCUAGAUAUGUUGGUAUCAAUCAUAGAGAGAUGCAAGAAAACCGAACAGAACAAAAAGGUGAUCCCAUCCUGGAACUUAUGCAACCAAUUGGCAGAUCAUGCAAUAAAGGCAGAUAACAGUGAACUAACCUUUUCCGCACUGGACUUCUUUGUGAAGUGGAUUGUUAGAGGACAAAAUGUUAGGCCCCCCGUUUUACUUUCUGUAGAUGAAGGAAUGAUAGUAGCUGCACUUGGAACUGCUGGUAGAAACUUUUCUCCUAAACUUUUGACAGGUUCUUGGGAAGUCCUAAAGCGAUCGCUACGUGAGUCAAGGGCUCCUAGUCCUGAAGCUUAUCUUGCUAAGAUCAAUGCCCAUGCUUUGAUGGGUCAGUUGCAGAAUGCUUUUGCAUCACUGCAUGAAUUUGAGAAAGCCUAUGGAAAGUCCAUAGAUGGCGAAAGGGAGGAAUUGUUUUCACCUUUUUCCUCUUUGCAGCCACUCGUUCUUGCUUGCUGCACCAAUGGGUUUGCAACUUUGGAUACUGUUUACUAUCAACUGGAGAAUUUAAGCCGUGCUGAAAUCCCUUAUAAGUCUGUUGCUGCCCUAAACUGUGUCAUUUUAGGAUGUGCCAAUAUAUGGGAUAUCGACCGUGCUUAUCAGACUUUCACAGCAAUUGAUUCCUCAUUUGGCCUGACACCUGAUAUCCAUUCAUACAAUGCUUUGAUACAUGCUUUUGGGAAGCUAGGGAAGAGUGAUGAUGCAACAAAGGUGUAUGAACACUUCACUGGAUUAGGAGUGAAGCCAAAUGCUACAACGUAUUCACUACUUGUCGAUGCUCACCUCAUUAAGCGAGACCUAAAGACAGCCUUAUCCCUUGUUGAUGAAAUGGUGCAGGCAGAGCAUAUUCCGACAAGAGAAAUGCUAAAGAAGAUCCGAAGGCGAUGCACGAGAGAGAUGGACUACGAAGCUGAUGACAAGGUGGAAUCAAUCGCCAAACAGUUAAAUAUUCCAUUGGGUUCUGAGACACGCCGGAACUUGCUGUUUGAGCUUCAGUACAGUGGUUAGAGAGCAUGCAUGGAAAUGACAGUACAGUCCUCAAGCAAUUUAGGAGAUUGCUGCAGAUUUGCUCUAUGUUUUGCUUCCAAGGGAGUGCUGAAUUAUAUAAUCGCCUUCCGAAUCAUCGAUAAGGCACCAAUACCUACUCAUAUUUGAUAGUUUUGUGUAGCAAAGUGCCCUUCCAUUCUUUUUUCAGUUAGUUUUUUUGCACUAUAUAUUUCAUGGCACAUCAAGUCAUUGAUCUUAUUAUUGCUCUUCUGUUUUUCUCCCUUGGUUUUUGUUUUGUAAAUUACUAUUAAUAAUGGGUUUCUGUUAGAGUAUAUAACAAUGGCCACAACCACAAGCUUGAGCUAUCAUUCCUGGGCCACAACCACAAGCUUGAGCUUUUGGUUGAGUUGAUUCCUUGAUAGUUUCUGGGCUUUUUGUUUUACUCGCCCAUCUUGUCCCUCCGUCUCCCAGUUUUUGUUCACUGG